AUGACAGCCUCAGUACCUGAAAGCAAUCCUGUUCGGUUGGAAAAAAUUACUCGUCGUGCAUCUACAUCCGUUCACGAAAUCUAUACGGAAGAAUAUCUGUUCAAUGAAGAUAAAGUACGAGAGCGAACUUGUACAAUCACUCGUCGUUCAGUAUCUGAACAUGAUGGGUCAAUGUCCAAUUUACAAUCACAGGAACUGAUGCUGGUAACACAUAUCAAACCGACUGUGUACAUUUACAGUAGAGAUGCAGUCGAAGAAAGAGUCUACGAAUGUAUUGAAGAUAUUCGUCCGAUUAGAAAUGGUGAAUGUCUAUGGAUUGAUAUCAUUGGAAAUAAAGAUAAAUCACUGCUAGCAAGUAUUAGUCGACGAUUUAUGAUUCAUCCAUUGUUCAUCUUAGAUAUUGAAACAAAUGAACAACGAACGAAGUUAGAUGUUUUUGAAGAUGCUUUGUUUUUAGUUAUGAAAAUGAUCUAUCCAGACAAGAUUACUCAAGAAACAUGUUUCGAACAGAUAAGUUUCUAUGUCAAAGAGAAUAUCCUUAUCACAGUUCAAGAAAAACCCAAAGAUAUAUUUGAUAAAAUUAGAAAAAAGAUCGUUCACAACAUCGGUAAAACUCGAAAAUCAAAAAUCGAUUAUCUUCUAUAUUCACUAAUCGAUACAAUCGUGGAUCAAUAUAUGGAUACACUCGAUAUCGUCAAUACAAAAGUCGAAGCUAUCGAUCAUCAGUUGAUGAAGAACCUGUCUCGUGACACACUUGAAACAAUCUACGAUCUCAAACGGCAAAUGCUUGAUUAUCGUCGUUUAGUAUCUCCUUUGAAAGAGAUCAUCAAUCGACUUCAGAAAGAAGAAGAGACACAAAUCAUUCAAGAAAGCACCGUUAUCUACUUGAAAGAUCUAUUCGACCAUGUUGCACAAGUGAAUGAUACCAUUGAUACAUAUCGAGAAACGCUUUCUUCAUGUAUUGAUUUCUAUAUGAUGCUCAAUUCCAAUGCUAUGAAUGAAGUCGUUAAAACCUUAACAAUUAUAUCUACCAUAUUCAUUCCAUUGACGUUUAUCGCGGGAGUGUAUGGAAUGAACUUUGAUAAUAUGCCGGAGAUACAUUGGAAAUAUGGGUACUUUGUAGUACUUAUAGGCAUGGCAGCAUUAGCCUCGGUAAUGUUGAUAUUUUUUAAGCGCAAGAAUUGGUUCUGA